GAGCCAUUCAGUUUAUUUGGCUCGAUCCCUACCUUGGUCCCAAGCGCGACCGACAGAGUAGAAGGCUUUCGCCCAGGUGCGAAUUGCAAGUGCCUGCAACGACUUCGUACAAGAUACGAAUAGCAGAGGACUCCUGAUAACUGGUUCAGGAGAGGAUACCUACUUCGGCCUCGAGCGCGACCGACAGAGUAGAAGGCUUUCGCCUAGGUGCGAAUUGCAAGUGCCUGCAACGACCCCGUACUAGAUACGGAUAGCGGAGGGCCUCUAGUGAUUAAUCUAGAGGAGGAUACCUACAAGAGCCCGUAAGAAAUCGGCUUGUAGAAGAAUAAAGACAAGUCUCUAUAAUGGAGACUAAUAGUCAAGAAGGGGGGUCCCCAGGAAGAACCUCCCAGAUGCUCUUACAGAUGAUGAGCCAAAUGUCGGAACAGCUUCUAAACCUGCAGAACAAUCAACAAACUCUCCAGCAAUCAUUGAAAGCAGAAAGAGAAGCUGAUCGGGAAGAAAUCCGAACGCAUCAAGAACAAACUAGAGUUCAAAUUCAAGCUCUACAAUCAGCUAUUGCGACACCAGCACACACUUCUAUAGAUGGCAUCGCUAAUCCCACGCCUCGACGACAAGAACCAAUACCAUCAGUUCUUAACACCCAACUGACAUCACCUCCUAUACCGACAGAGUCUCAACAACAAAACAUCAUUUAUAUUAAGAAGAAGCCAACUCUCCCCGAUCCGAAACUCUUCGAUGGAAAUAGAAGAAACUUCCAAGUGUGGCAGCUAGAAAUGGAAAGCAAGCUUCGAGUUGAUGGGCCAGCACUCGGUAACUCUGCGGACCAGUUCGCUUAUAUCUAUACAAGAUUAGACCAGACUCCCCAGUCUUUAGCAGCUGCUUACUUCAAAAAAGGAGGAAGUAAUGGCAGCCAUAAUCCCGUCGAAUUCAUGGCAUACCUUGUUAGCUGUUAUGGAGAUCGCCACCUCAAACAAAAAGCUCUAAACCGGCUAGAAACAAUGAGGCAGAACAAUAAAGAAAGCUUUGCUGCUUUCCUACCUCGAUUCGAAAGAGAACUAGCAGAUAGUGGAGGAUAUAAUUGGGAUGACGAGAUUAAGAUCAACUCUUUACGACGAGUAAUAAAUCAAGAGAUGGAAGGCCACCUUAUCAGCCAGCUCGCUCUACCGACAGUUUAUCCGGACUUUGUCAAUACUCUACAGAGCUUAGGAGCUAAUAUCGAAGGCUAUCACUUCCGAAACCACAAGCUUCGAUACCAAAGUUCAUACCAACAGAAUCCAUACCCCAAGGAGAGCAACAGUAACUACCACCCAAACCAACCCAGAAGAGAACAGCCCCAACAGAACAACCAGAGUGCUACGGGUAGCAACCAGAUGGAUUGGGAGCCUACAAAGGCCGGAAAGUUAAGAAGCAACAAACAAAGAAAGCAACCUAAGUACGCCCCAGAGUGUUACAAUUGCGGCAACCUUGGCCAUAUCGCUCGAUAUUGCAAGACCAAUAGAAAGGGCAAACAGGAAUCACAGCCUGAAACACGAAUUGCAAAAGGCAAGUCGAAGAAGACACUCUCUCGAGAAGAGGACGACGAUCUAGGCGGUUCAGACGACUCAAAUAGCGAGUAUGAGUCGGGAAACGAGUAGCUCCUGGCCAAAAGCGCCGUCAGGAGCACAACCAAGCUCAGAAGGACUGGAACAAGCUAAAGAAGAGAAUGGAUAGUCGAGGUAUCUAUAUUAACAUAGGAAUCAAUCAAGAGUAUUAUUCAAGAGCCUUUAUUGACUCCGGAUGCCUUUGCUAUGGAACUAUCAGCUCUCGAUUAGCCCAGAAGCUUUGCUUGCCGCGUAAACCAAUCACCCCAAGAUCGCUCGAACAGAUCAG